AAAAUAUCAAUCAAGCUUUUCUGAUUGCAGGUCAAAUAAGAGGUCAAGCAGGAGUUUUAUCUGGGCAUCACACACUAAUUAGAGAAUUGAUGGGGGCAAGUACUACAAUGCGCUACAGUGGAAAGGCGCACCAUACUGGCAGCAAUACAUCACAAUGUGACUCACAAACAACUAGGAAAUACACAUGCAUGCUGUGCUGUAAAUCAUUUAAUUCAGGUUCAAGUCUAUCCAGGCAUAAAAAGAUCCAUACUGGCGAAAAGCCAUUUAUUUGCCCAUAUUGCAAUAAAUCAUUUCGCCAAAAACCACAUCUUCAAUAUCACAUUAAAGGCAAACAUUGAUGCAUAAAAAACUGAAAACUAAAAAACUAUACAGACUAGGUGGAUAUGACUAUGACUAGUAUAUAAUGAUUCAUCAAUUCCUUUUUUGAUCUACUAUCAUAAUAACAAUAAAUGUAAACAAAAAAGUAAAAUAAAUGCUCAUAUAAAAAUAAUCAACACGACUUGUACAUAAAAUUGAGGGAAACUUCUGACUGGGUUAAUCACUUUUAUAUGUGCAGAGGUGGAGCAAGACACAUCAACAAUAAUAGGAUGA